AUGGACAUAGAAGUGGACAUAGAAGUGGACAUAGAAAUUGACAUAGAAGUGGACAUAGAGGCUCUGGAGCUGAUUCGUAAACAUGACUUCUCUACGGCCAUCUUUGCUCCAGGCUGGGUGUACGAGUCCAUCCCAGACAAGACUGCCUUCAGGAAGGAACAGGACAGGUUCUGGUCUCUCCUGUCUGACUUCCUGUAUGUCCACCGGCCCUCGUCGCCCCUCCCUUUCGUCUCCUCCUUCUGCCAGGGUGCUGGGACCAGCCUCUACUGGAGGGGACAGCGUGAGGUGGAUCGUAGCUGGUUCAACCUGGAUGCCCAGGAGCUGCAACCCCUAUACUACAAAGAGACCCUGGAGGGGGAGGGCUGGCUGAGGACCCAGGGCUGCCCUGAAGAUGCCUGGAGCGGGGGCAGCUCUCUGCUCGUAGAGGGCGUCCUACCCUCCAUGCUGUCUAAAGUCUGUGCCAGGAUAUUUUCUCUCCAGGUGCCUCUAUCCUCCAGGGUCUUUGUGUCUCUGAUCUAUAAGCCGUCUCCUGGGGUCUCUGUCUCUCUGGAGUUAAAGACUGCUGACGCUACACUCUGCACACACAGAGGUGUUCAGGAUAUACCUACCAGCAGUGUUGAGCCUGCUGCUUUAACAGAGGACCACCAGUUGGUGAGACAGUUCUCUCAGAGCUGUGGACAGUGGAACCCAGACGGAUGGACUGUCAGGUGUUCCCAGUUGGAGCUGCAGGGCUGUACUCUGAGGGAUGUGUGUGUCAGCGUGCAGCGUGAUGGAGGAGAUAAGGACACACCCUUCAAAUGCCGGGUCGGAGAGAUUAUGAUCCUGGAUGCUGAGUCCCUCUCCGUUCCUCCCCUCCCAGUCCAGAGUGUGUGUAUCUAUGACGUGGUGUGGCUGAGGGGCGCCAAUAAACUUAAUCUCAACGCCACCCUGCGCUGGCGCUACCCUGCCCAACUCGUACGCCACUUCCUGGUGUACUGGCGCCGGCUGAGGGGUCCAGACCCCCGGAUCCCAUCUGGCAAGCUGGCCCUGAUUGGCCGAGCCUACUGCCCCUUAUUCCGGGUGACCGAGCUGACGGUUCCAGAACCUCCAGGUCUUCUAGAACUGGUGGUGGAACCCGUGUCCCGGGAGGGGUUCCGUGUUCCUGAGUCCCAAUGGGGGAGGAGGAGUCUCAGUUAUACUGAGGAGAGGACGGACCAAUCAUAAGACACGAAAAGGGUAGAAACGUACUGUCUGUCCCAAAUGGAACCCUAUUCCCUAUAUAGUGCACUACAUGGACCCAUAGGGCUCUGGCCAAUGUAGUGCACUAAAUAGGGAAUAGGGAGCCAUUUGGGAGGUACCACUGGACUUGCUUCUCCACUUCCUUUCCAUAACACUUCCUGUCCAGCCAGUGAUAACCUGAUUCAGUACGCUAGUUUGUAGUGAUGUGAUCCUCCUAGUCACCUAUAGAGUUAAGAAUUCUUUCUAGUUAAGUAUAUAAAUAAAUAAAAAUUCUUCCCAGAACAAUUAGGGGAACUUCAACAUGAAGCACGCUGUAGGUAAUUCCUGAUUGAGCCGACAUCUGCAGCCCUUACUGUGAAUGCAAUCUGAGCAGAUGCAGGGACAUUGCCUUUAAAAAGGUGCAUUGUUGAGAGCUCUCUACAACGUGCCACAGAUUGAAUCCUCAGAGCAAACAGGACUGGACAGGUGACAGUAAGCCGUCCAUUGUCUUCUGGGUGCAGAGCAAGGGAAGGAUACUUCAAGCAGUGCAUGGAGACUCCCCAAUUGGGCAAAAGACCUUCCCCUCUGCGACUCCUCCGUGACCCAGAAACCGAUAAGUGGUCGAGGAGCGUGUCAAUAUGUUAAAUCGGAGAACGAAGGAGGCUGCGCUCCUCCAUUACGGAUUUCCACAGAGGAUGCACCAGAGUCUCCUCGCAGCAGGAAGUGACACACCCCCUUUUGUUUUUUCUAAGGAGAAAAGCAUGCACACUAACUACAUGCUACACAUCCUUUUAUCUAGAAAACUAGGUAAAACUACACAUCCUUUUAUCUAGAAAACUAGGUAAAACUACACAUCCUUUUAUCUAGAAAACUAGGUAAAACUACACAUCCUUUUAUCUAGAAAACUAGGUAAAACUACACAUCCUUUUAUCUAGAAAACUAGGUAAAACUACACAUCCUUUUAUCUAGAAAACUAGGUAAAACUACACAUCCUUUUAUCUAGAAAACUAGGUAAAACUACACAUCCUUUUAUCUAGAAAACUAGGUAAAACUACACAUCCUUUUAUCUAGAAAACUAGGUAAAACUACACAUCCUUUUAUCUAGAAAACUAGGUAAAACUACACAUCCUUUUAUCUAGAAAACUAGGUAAAACUACACAUCCUUUUAUCUAGAAAACUAGGUAAAACUACACAUCCUUUUAUCUAGAAAACUAGGUAAAACUACAUAUCCUUUUAUCUAGAAAACUAGGUAAAACUACAUAUCCUUUUAUCUAGAAAACUAGGUAAAACUACAUAUCCUUUUAUCUAGAAAACUAGGUAAAACUACAUAUCCUUUUAUCUAGAAAACUAGGUAAAACUACAUAUCCUUUUAUCUAGAAAACUAGGUAAAACUACAUAUCCUUUUAUCUAGAAAACUAGGUAAAACUACAUAUCCUUUUAUCUAGAAAACUAGGUAAAACUACAUAUCCUUUUAUCUAGAAAACUAGGUAAAACUACACGCUACAUAUCCUUUUAUCUAGAAAACUAGCUACAUUUAUUUUGGGAUUCCCUUGUAAAAAUAAUCUUCACCACAUGCUAAAUGAAUUUAAGCAUCAAUAAAGAGUUUCAAUAAAAAAAA